AUGGCGGCAACGCAGGUGUUACAGUUGCUCUUACUUGACCAGCGACUUGCCAACGAUGAUCUUCAGGAGAUAGUUGCUGACGAUACAGGAUCUCGUUUGGAGGCCUACCUGCAUAGCCGGUCGCUGCAAGCAGAGGAUCGCUGGUUGGCGCCGACGGUUACGGAGCUGAGGGCUGCAGUGCUUCAGCUUGCGAAACAGGGUUACCUAGACCACAGCCGGAGUAUCAGGCUUAGCAAGCACGAUGGUUGGACACGCCCACCCGCUGCGCAGACCGCCAAGCAGUCCACACAACCGGCACCUGGGUCCACUGUCGGAGCCCCACCAAGCCCCUCAGCCUUCCCCGCCCUGCCUGCCGCAUCUCGUCCGCCGGUCUCCACACCCACCGCUGCCACCCCGACCACAUCUUGGGCUACCUCUGUCACGGCAUCUGCAGCCGCAGCCCCCGCGUCCUCAGGUGCCGCCGCCAUGGCAGCACCAUCCCCUGGAACCCUCUCCGGGCCCUCAACCGCGGCGCCGACACCCAGCGGCGGCGGGGCUGGGAGACUUCAGGGAGCAUGGGCACAGGGUCCCUUAGCCGCCAUGAGUCAUAAAAAGCAAGCCGCGCUUGAUGAGCGGAUGCGGGGCCGUACGCCGCCCGUGCCGUCGCCUGCCGGCGGCUCUUGGGCGGCGGGCAGUCCGUCAGCAUCCGUGGGUAGCACUGGCAGCGCGCAUGCAGGCGGCGGUGGGCGAGGCGGCCGCAACGGCGGCCCUCGGCACCACAACACGCCCGCUGAGUCAGGCCAUGGACGUGUAGGACAGCAGGGGGCAGCCCAAAACGGAACGGUCUCAUUGAGCGGCGGCGGUGGGGGAAACAUGGGUUCCGUCGCUGCGAGUGGCCGGAGUGGUCCUUCUUCUGGUGUCACCGGACAUCCACCCAACGCAAUGCCCAAUGGGCACCAUCACCAGCCGCCCAGGCCAACCAGUGGCCCUCCAACGCACCAGGCAUCACCGGCCGCCCAGCAGCCCCAUGCGCACGCACACGGACAGGCGCAGAGCUGCGUCAAACGUAUUGUUCCAAUGCCAAUCCAGCAGCAGGCGGCAUCCGGGCCGGUCGCCUGGCAGUCCCCAGGCAAUGGCCUGACCCUGGGUCCGCCGGUAGCCACUGAGGGCGUUAGCCCCCAGGUCAGCGCUGGUGCUGCCGCCGCCGCAGCGAACCCAUGGGGUGUGCCACCGGUCCACACGUCGAAGCAGCAGCAGCAACAGCAGCAACGCCAUACCAGCCAACAACGCCAUAAGCAGCAGCAGCUGGUGGGGGCCGCUGCCACAGCACCAGCAGCUGCUACUGCCAAGGGAGGGUCUGCCGCCGCAGCCGGCGGCCCACUGGUGGAAGCGUCAGUUGACCCAGAUCCCGUUACGCCUUGCAGCGCCAUUGUAUCUUGCUCCAGCCUCGCACCCAUGUCCGACGCCGCGGUGACGCCGCCGCCCUGCUCCUCUCUUCAACCAACUGCCAACCAUCAGCAGCAGCGGCACCACCACGACCCCAUCACCCCUGCCGCGCAAAUUGUACCUGCGGUGAGCGACGGCUCGCUGAGCCAGCACGGCAGCGCGGCCGUGGACUUCUAUCGUGCUCGGUACUGCAGUCCUCCGUCGGUCACGUCGUACCCGGAGGGCCGGCCGCCGACGGGGCCGGCCCGUCCGGCCCCCGGUGCCCCGGUUGCCUUAACCUACGUGGAGCAGAGCCCGGCUGGUGGCUCCGAAACCACGACGGCUGCUGCUAAUCGCGUGGGCGGGCAUGCUGGUGGUAAAACGGAGCCGCAAGCCGGUUCUGGUUUGGUAACGGCGGCGCCUGGGCCACCUGCUGGUCUGGGGCCCGUGUGGGGACCCGCGCACGAACGCCUGGCCCGGCUGCAUGCCUGGGUGCUGUGCUCUGGUUCGGUUGCCUGUUUGCAAGAUGAGGUUUCGGAGCUGCUGUACUUGCUCGCCUGUCCGCCUGAGGUUCUCUUGGCUGCGGAUACCGACGGUGGAGCCGCCGCCAAGGCUUCCGCUGCCACCGCCGCGGCGGUGGGUACAUCCGCGGCAGGUGCACGGUCCGCUGACGGCCGCACGGAGCUCAACUGGCCGUUACAUGUCGCCUUGCAGUACAGCUGCGCAGUGCUGUCCCGCUGCGGCGGCCUGCUAUCCGGGCUGGGUCACAGGCUGCUGGCGGCGGUUGCGAAUUGCGCGGCCGCCAGGCUGGCGGCGCCGGCGCUGGCAGCGGCAGCCGAUGCGGCGGCGCAGCGCCGGGAGCGCAGCUUCGCGCGUAGUCGAGCAGUGGAUGCGCUGGGAGGACAGCGGCUUCUGCUGGUGGGCCCUAUGUUGCAGUCGGGUAAUGACAUGGCCUCUGGGAAGUCGCGGAGCCAGGAGCAGCAGCGCCGAGUCAGCAACAGGGAGCGCUGCAGGGACAUGUUCUUUGCGGUGGUACGGCAGGCCGCGGCUCUCAUCAGCCGCGGAGGCGACACCGGCGGCCUACCGGAGCAACCCUACGCGCAUGCACCCGGUACACCAACGGCGGCAGCUGCCGGAGGAGGCGGAGGUCGGGGCUCCUUGGCUGAGUGGUUGGUGCCGCUGCGGUCGCAGUGUCUGGAUGUAUUGCAGUCGCUGCACCCGGACAACCUGCCUUUCUUCGCGGAGUUGUUCACGGGGUGUGUGUUGCAAGCGGUUGCAACUGGUGAGAGCUUGGUGGAGGGCGACCUGGCUAACUUGGCUUCCCGCAACCCAUCCAAGUUCCAGCGCCUGAAUCAGAGGAUGCAGCAGGCGCCGGGACAAGUCCUGCCGCAGCAGUCAACACCCUACCACUCGGGGGCUCGUGGGGCGCGGACGCCAAACGGUUACACCGACAGUAGUGGUUUCGGGGCGGGCGGCGGCGGUGGCCGCGUGCAUGGUGGUGGUGGUGGCGGUACUCCAGGGCCGCACAGCAGCACCAGCAGCUAUGGCGGCGGCGGCGGAGGGUUCAGCCAUCGCGGCGGCGGCAGCGGUGCAGCCGGAGGUAGCGGCCUUCCUGCAGGCGCAAGCGCGUACGGCAGCGGGUCAGGGGGCUACGGCGCAUUAACGGCGGGAAGCGUCGGCGCCGCUGGGCUCAGCGGGGGCGCGUAUGGCGGACCUGAGGGCGGCGGCGGUGGUGGCGGCGGGCCGCAGCCGCAAUCGCAACCGCGCGACGCUUUCGCCGUAAUGGCACGCUGUGCAGCGAUGUUGCAACGGCUGUCGUACUUCCCGCCGCCGCAGCGGCCGUACAUCUUUUUCCUUGAGGCUGCGGAUAACCAGUCGCUGAUAUCAGCAGUAUCGCGUCACAUGGCAGGAGUCCUACAGGCCAUGCUGCUGAAGGCGCUUGGCGUCUCGACAGCAGCGGCCGCAAUGCAGGCCCAGGUGAACGGUGGCGGCGGCUGCGGCGCCAUAGAGCCCUCAUCAGCCGCGACGGUUGGGCCCCUCGGCGAUCACGUAGUCGCUUCGGGAACCUUGGCAUCAUACCUAGCCUACCUCAGCGUUGUACACGGUGCCGUACGGUACGGCGUCGCGUUGCCGCGGCCUGCGCUGGUCGCAGCGCGAAGAGGGAACAGCGGCGGUGGCAGCGGCGGGGACAUGGCAGGUUGCGGCCAGAUGCUGCACUCGUUCUCGCCGCCGUCGCUGCAGACACCACGUCAUCCACCGCUGGAUGUGCUACAACUGCUGCAAGUCGCUGAGGAGCGCGGGGUGCUCGUACAUGUUGUACCGUGCGUUGCGCAGUACCUGUACAUCAUCACGAAUGGCGCACGCAUUGCUGCGGGGACUGCUCUCGACGGCGGCCAGCCACCGCAGCAGGCGACGGCGGCUGACGGUGGCGACGCCGCCGGCACUGGCGUGGCAGACGCCGCUGCCUUACAGCUGCCUUAUUUACACGCCAUUUCAGCGCGGCUGCGGCGGUUGAUUGCGUGUCGGGCCUUGCAGCCCCAGCAGCCUGGCUUCUGCGCGGCGGCGCUCUGCCUCCGCAGCGCUGCUGAGGAGGCCUUGUCUCAUGUGGCCGCGGCCGUGGCGGCGGCGGCGGAAGCAGCGGCGGCCGACGGCAGGGCCUCUGCAGCCCUACCCUACGACGACGAAGUCUGUUGCUCGUCGCAGCGGUCGCCUAGGGGCUCCGAAACCGGCACUGGGAGUCGAAACGACAAGGACGGAGCUGAGUGGGACGCACGGCUGGCGCGCAGCCUCCAGGAGAAUGACGGUCUGGUGGACUCCCGGUUACUGGAGCUGUGUUGUCCAGCCAUUGAGGCGGCAUCAAGGGUUUUGCAGCGGGCUGCUGCAGCUGCCGCAAAGCUGCUACAGCACCACCCGUCCGCUGGUGGCGACGGCGGAGCGGCGGCCGCGGCGGCGGCGGCAGCGGCGGCAGGUUCUCCCAGCGCCGCCGGUGCAGAGUCUCGGCCAUUAAUGCCGAGGCGGGUACCGCCCGCCGCGCUUGUGAGGCUUGGGGCGGCGGCGGGCGGUGGCGGCGGCGGCGCCGCUGCCGCAGCGGCGGCGGUAGCCAUCCCAGAGAGUGUCGCGGCGGUGCUGAGCGCUCCAGGGCCCAGCCCGCUGCAGCAAGCCCUGGCCCAGGCGCUGCUGGGGCAGUACAGUACGGGAGAACAUGCCGUACCCAUGCGUGACGUGGUAUCGUACGUGACAGGGGUCCUGGCAGUCAACGGCGCGGCAGCGGCGCUGGAGUUGAUCGUUCCGCAAGUGGCUUCAGAGCAUCUGACACGACUGGCGGAUGCGGUACGGCCGGUACUGCAGGAACGAGUACGACGGUGGCAGGAGGACGCGGCUGCAGCAGCAGCGUCGGCUAGGGCCACGGCAGCUGACGACCAAAAGCGGUCCAAGGACGCAGCGAGCAGCGUUGAAGCGGCGGACGAAGGGUUGACGGCAGUAGCAGCGGCGGCGGCGGCGGCGCUGCCGCUGCUACUGCCGAUUCAUGAGGCCGUGGCAGCGGCGGCGAAACUGGCAGACGCGGCCACCUCUGCCGCCAUCGCUGGCAGCUUGGAAGCCGCGCUGCCAGCUGUACGGCGCCAGCUUCGGGAAAAUGCGUUGCGGUCGCUGCAGGCGUUGCUGCCGGGUACCGUACCAGGGGAGGCCGUUGCCGCAGCCGCGGUGCUGGCAGCCCAGUCAGCGGAGGUGGCCUGCCUGCAGCGCCUCGUCGCACACGUGCCGACUGCCGUACGUAGCCACAUGGACGAGCAGUGUACGGCCCCGGUCAAGGAAGCGCUGGAUGUGCUUGAUGGCAGGACGGGGUGUUGCGCAGCACGGGCGACUGUAGCUACCCCGAUACUACAGGCCGUCCCGAUGGCCAGGUUGACGACGGCGCGGGAUGACGCUUCUGUAGGUAUCGGUACUACGGCGACGGCGGCGGCGCCGUCGCCUGGCAGCGCCGCCAGGGCUGCAGCCAUCGGCUCCUCGGGCGCGCCGCAGCUGUGUCUUUCGACGGGGCCGGCGGCGGCGGUGGUGGUGGCCGCAACUCUCCCCCACAGUGGCCGUAGUACGGAUCUCGGUUCCGAGGAAUGCCAUGGGACUUGUGAGGACGUGGAUAAGGCGGCCGCUGAGGCUGGUCGCCGGCUGAGUGAUGUAAUCAUAGAGCUGGCUCGUCGUCCCACCGACCCGCCGUUGGAAGAAGUCGUACACCUGACGGCGCAGUGCGUUGGCCGGGCGGUGGCAUUGCGGCUGCAGUCGCUGCCGACGCAGCUGCCGUCGUCGUCGUCGUCGUCGCCGGCCGGCGGCGACACCAGCGGCAGCGGUACAGCUGAUUCUGACUGGUUGAACGGCUCCGCGGCGGCCACUGCAGCAGCUGCUGCACAGCAUUUGUACAGCGCAGUCCGCGGCGGGGAGCUGAGCGCACCCAGCUUGGAGCGGCUGCUUGUCCGUUGCCUUCGUGCUGCUUGCGCUACGAUGACCGCUUGCGGCUCCACCGCACCGUCUUGGGUUGCCAGGCCGCCAACAGCGGUGUCACAGCAGUUGCCGCCGCCGCCGCCACAGCACAUCACCGCCGGCGCUGCCGCCGCCGCUGCGAUGACGGUCACGGCAGAGCUCGACAGCGGCGCCUCCAUCCUUGCCCUUCUCGCGGAGGUCUCACUGGGUAUCGUACAGCGCAACGCCGACGACUCUCGCAACUGGACCGACGUGGUGUGGCAGCCGCUGCCGGCGGUGCCGCUGGAAGAAUACGAACAAGACUCCGAAUCGGAGGACGCCGCGCCGCCGCCAAGCGAAUCCGAAUUGGGUUCCGGAUCUGGCCCAUCCGCUUCAGAGUGCAUCUCCGCCACAACCGCCUCCGCAUCCUCCAGCUCCACCUCUUGCCCAGCGGCCGCGGCGACAGCCGCCGCCGCCGCCGCCGCCUUGGCGGCGCGCUGCGCCGGCCUGCCGCCCAUGCUUGCCAAUCUGUAUCACCAAUUGGCGGCCUACGCUCGCAACGUGGAGAGCCUCCGCAUGCUGCGUGCCCUGCGGCUGGCAUUGCAGCGCAUUACGAUGGGCCAUCUGACUUGUCUGGAUGGCGGUAGAUGUCCCCGGGAAGGGCCCCCGGCCUGA